AUAUAAUUCUUUCCCGCCACAAUAUAUGGUAACCAACGCUAGCCUGUGCUAUAAAAAUCACCCCUUUCAUCGAUCUCUUCUUCUGAGAAGAUUGAACUUGUAACACAUCAAUAUCGGCAAUGGAGAAGGACGAUUCCAAGCUUCCCGACCUGAAACUAGACGCAAAGCAGGCACAAGGAUUUAUAUCAUUCUAUCGAAAGCUACCGCAAAAUGCUCAGGCUGUUCGCUUCUUCGACCGACGGGAUUACUAUACUGCUCAUGGGGAUGAUGCACUCUUCAUUGCAAAAACUUACUACCAUACCACAACUGCUCUUCGUCAGUUGGGUAAUGGACAUGAUGCUCUCUCUAGUGUGAGCAUUAGCAGGAAUAUGUUUGAAACGAUUAUCAGAAACUUGUUGUUGGAGAGGACUGACCAUACUGUGGAGCUUUUUGAGGGAAGUGGGUCAAAUUGGAGGUUGGCAAAAACUGGGACCCCUGGCAAGCUUGGCAGUUUUGAGGACAUUCUCUUUGCUAGCAAUGACAUGCAAGAUACGCCAGUGAUAAUAGCUCUGCAAUAUGUUAUUCGUGAGAAUGAAUAUCUUGUGGGUAUGGCCUUUGUUGACCUGACAAAGAGAACUUUAGGCAUCACCGAGUUUCUUGAUGACAGCCAAUACUCAAACCUGGAAUCAGCUAUGAUAGCUCUUGGUUGUAGGGAAUGCUUGUUGCCUCUAGGCAGUGGAAAGUCCUCUGAUAAUAAACGCCUUCAUGAUGUAUUGGCAAGUUGUAAUGUCCUCUUAACUGAAAAGAAGAAAUCUGAUUUCAAGUCCAGGGAUGUUGAUCAAGAUCUUUGUCGCCUUGUAAAAGGUUCAGUUGAGUCAUUGAAGGACUUAGUUGCUAGUUCAGAAUGUGCCGCUGGAGCUCUGGGGGCCCUCCUCUCUUACACAGAUUUGCUUGCAGAUGAUAGCAAUUAUGGAAAGUUUACCAUUCAACAUUAUAACAUAGGCAGUUUUAUGCGGCUGGAUGCUGCGGCUUUACGAGCACUGAAUGUUCUUGAAAGUAAAACAGAUGCAAACAAGAACUUCAGUUUAUUUGGAUUGAUGAACAGGACUUGUACUGCUGGCAUGGGGAAGAGGCUGUUGAAUAGGUGGCUCAAGCAACCUCUCUUAGAUGUAGAAGAGAUCAAAUGUAGACUGGAUAUGGUGCAGGCAUUUGUGGAGGAUGCAGCAUUACGUCAAGAUUUAAGACUUCAUCUAAAAAGAAUUGCAGAUAUUGACCGACUCGUGCGGAAACUUGAGAAGGGUAGAGCCAACCUACAAGAUAUUGUAAAGCUCUAUCAGACAAGCAUACGACUUCCUGUAAUCAAAAGUUCACUUGAACGAUAUCAAGGGGACUUCUCUUUAUUGAUCAGGGAAAGAUAUUUGGAUGCCUUUGAACUUUGGACAGACAAAGAGCAUUUGACAAAGUUUGCAGCUCUUGUGGAGGCUGCUGUUGAUCUCGAUCAACUUGAUAAUGGAGAGUACAUGAUCUCAGCUGGUUACGAUCCUAGUCUGAUGACACUUAAGAAUGAACGAGAUGAAGUGGAAGAACAAAUACAAAAGGUACAUCAUAAAGCAGCAGAUGAUCUGGAUCUUCCUGUUGACAAGGCUUUAAAACUGGACAAAGGCACACAAUUUGGACAUGUAUUUAGGAUUACAAAGAAAGAGGAACCAAAAGUACGGAAGAAGUUGAAUACACAGUAUAUAGUCUUAGAAACACGGAAGGAUGGGGUCAAAUUCACAAAUGCCAAACUUAAACGACUUGGGGAGCAAUAUAUUAAGUUAUCAGAUGAAUAUUCAAGUAGUCAAAGGCAACUUGUUAACCGUGUGGUACAGACAGCAGCGACAUUUACUGAGGUUUUCGAAGUGAUUGCCAAUAUACUUUCUGAACUGGAUGUUUUGCUUAGUUUUUCUGAUCUUGCUGUGAGCUGUCCCACACCAUAUGUGAGGCCAGAUAUCACUUCAUCGGAGGAAGGGGAUAUUGUACUUAAAGGGAGCAGGCAUCCUUGUGUUGAAGCUCAAGAUGGUGUAAAUUUCAUACCAAAUGAUUGCUGCCUUGUGAGGGGUAAAAGCUGGUUCCAGAUCAUCACUGGACCAAACAUGGGAGGUAAAUCAACUUUCAUUAGGCAGGUUGGUGUUAAUGUGCUCAUGGCACAGGUUGGCUGUUUUGUUCCUUGUGAUCAAGCAACAAUAAGUAUUCGUGAUUGUAUAUUUGCUCGUGUUGGAGCAGGUGAUUGUCAACUUCGAGGUGUGUCUACAUUCAUGUCAGAAAUGUUGGAGACUGCAGCUAUUUUAAAGGGUGCAACUCACAAGUCUUUGAUAAUUAUUGAUGAACUUGGACGUGGUACAUCAACAUAUGAUGGAUUUGGCUUGGCUUGGGCAAUUUGUGAAUACUUAGUAGAAGUGACACGAGCUCCCACACUAUUUGCAACUCACUUUCAUGAGCUUACAGCCCUAGCUCAUUCAGAAGGAGCACCUGUUCAUGGGCCUCCCAAGGGCCCACCUGUGGGCAUAGCAAAUUAUCAUGUCAGUGCACAUAUUGAUGAAAGUACACAGAAGUUGACUAUGCUCUACAAGGUAGAGGAAGGACCAUGUGACCAGAGUUUUGGGAUUCAUGUUGCCGAAUUUGCUAAGUUUCCUGAAAGUGUUGUUGCUCUUGCUCGGGAGAAAGCUGCUGAGCUAGAAGAUUUUUCUCCUGUUUCUGGAAAUGUGGAUGACCUAAAAGAAGAGGUAAGGGCCAAACGGAAACGCGUAUGUGGACCGGAUGACAUGGUUAGAGGUGCAUCCCAAGCAAGGAAGUUUUUGCAGGAGUUCUCAUCAUUGCCACUAGAUAAAAUGGACUAUGAACAAGCUUUACAAGAAGUGCAAAAAUUGAAAUCCGGCUUGGAGGAAGAUGCAGUUAGUAAUCCCUGGCUUCAGCAGUUCUUCUAGUUGUACAAAUGUAAAUUAUUGUCAAGCAUUUUCAUUGCUAAAAUUUUUAAUAUUUAAAAAGCCUGAUUGAAUGCUCAAGUGAAGGUACUUAACCUGGAAGCAAAAGGCUGUUUAUAGGUACUAUGUCACAUCUGACAACUUAUUAGAUUCUGCUUUUUCUUGAUGGGAGUACUGAAUCAUCUUGAAGGGUUAACAGAUUCUGCUUCCAUUGGUGCGAUCAUUAAAUCAUAUUGGAGUUUUCUCAUCUUCCAGUGUGAUUAAAUGCCAAUCCUUUUUUUAUCUGAUGUUAUUAUGUAUAUAUCACUACUUGGUAAACAGUUGUAUAUUGCUUACAAGUGACAACUCAACAUGCAGAUUUUAUUUGAGAAGCCUCGAACGUAGAGGCAAUGGGUCAUUUUGACUUUUGGCCAUUGAGCCACUCUCUCACAACACAAAAUGUUGGAAUUUUUUGGAUAGAGUAAAUGACUAUAGUUAAGUUUGAAGUUGCAUUUCA